AAACCCUUCAUUGCAUCUUCAGACUAGCCAACAUCAACUGAACUACCCUCUAAAGUUUCUUCAAUAUUUCUAUACUAUACUAUAUACUUAAUUUGCUACUUCCAAUCAAGCUGCUACAUUAUAAUUAAUAACAAGGAAUUAAUGGCUGCACCUUGGUCAUGUUGUUUACUUGCACUGCUUGUUUUGAUGUCAGCUAUUGUAACUGAAAGUAGAGUUGCAAGGAAGGACUUAGGUUUGGAUCUUGGUGGUUUGGGGAUUGGACUUGGAGCUGGACUAGGUUUGGGUAUUGGAGGUGGUAGUGGCUCUGGAGCUGGAGCUGGAGCAGGUUCUGGUUCUGGUUCAGGUUCUAGUUCUUCCUCGAGUUCAUCGUCUUCGUCUUCUAGUUCAGGGUCUGGUUCUGGUGCAGGCUCUGAAGCAGGCUCGUAUGCUGGAUCUCGAGCUGGAUCGGGAUCAGGAGGUAGAAGUCGCGGCGGUGGUGGCGGCGGUGGAGGAGGAGGAGGAGGAGGUGGUGGUGGUGGUGGUGAAGGCUCUGGUGAGGGCUCUGGUCAUGGUGAGGGUUAUGGUCAUGGUGGAGGUUAUGGUGAAGGUGGUGGUGAUUAAAGAAAUAAUGCAUGAAUGAAUUGAUUAAGAUAUAUAGAUAUAAUAUGGUUGACUCAAAUAAUAAAAAAAGUUUAGACUGUUUGGUUUGGUGUAAUAAUAAAUAAUAAAGUAGUAUGUGGUGUGUGGCAAAAUAAUGAACAUGUAAGAUGAUGGAAUUGAUUUCAUCAUGUGUGUUUUAGUGAAGAAGAAUCAGCUGUGUUUUAAUUUGUACCAGUUAUGUUAAUGUGAUUCCAAUUUCCACUUUGUAAUUUUGCAAAGCUUUAAUUUUUUAUGGCACUGUUGUAUGAUUGUUGAAUGAUA